UACCACACCAACUCCUCAAUCAUGGGUGAGCCACACACCCAAGAGGACACUGCCUCUUCUUCUUCUUCUUCUUCUUCCUCAUCUUCCUUGGCCACCACUUCAACCAGCAGGUCCAGCACCAACAGCGCAAUUGCCGCAGUUCGGGUUGACAGUCUGCCGGAAUGUGGCCGGGAUAUUAACAGCGAUCAAUAUCAUGAAACAAACAGAAAAGCGUCAUCGGAAUGGCCCGAGACCGGAGACAACGAGGGCCGAAAGCGAUGCAGGGCUGGCGGCAAUGGGAAGCAUCCCUUGUACCGGGGUGUUCGGAUGAGGAACUGGGGCAAGUGGGUGUCGGAGAUUCGCGAGCCGCGCAAGAAGUCGAGGAUUUGGCUCGGCACCUUCCCGACGCCGGAGAUGGCAGCGCGUGCUCACGACGUCGCGGCACUGACAAUCAAAGGACAGGCUGCGUACCUCAACUUCCCUGAGCUGGCCGCCAAUUUACCGAGGCCGGCGACGGCGUCGCCUCGGGACAUCCAGGCAGCUGCGGCCAGGGCUGCGGCCUUCAUUUUGGAGGAAACCCAAGUGCAGUCGGCUCGUAAGCCAGAUAGUGAGUCCCCGGAGUCGCCGGGACAACAUGUUCCGGCAGCCACCACCACUACCACCGUCACCGCCACCACCACCACGACUGCAGCCAAGAACGAUGAGGAUGAGGUACUCUUUAACCUACCGGAUCUCUUGCUCGAUGUCGGGAAUAGCUUGUACCUCUUUCCGACAUGGCUGCCCGCUGGAAUUGACACCGGAUUCCGGCUAGAGGAGGUCCCCCGUGGGACCAGUGUUACUGUUCAUGAUGAGAAAGUUUGUACAUUCACUGGGUAAAGAAGGGACGGCCCAAAUGUAAGAACUAUAAAGCAGUUUCAAUUUUUUUUCCAUGGUAGAGCUCAUCAGUUAUGUGAUUUUGUGUGUUUCGGUGUGCUUUGCUAGAUUUUUCAUCUUCAAUGAUAGACAACUUCUUCAUAGAA